AAAUUUUACACACCGUUCAACAUUUGGGGUAGGGGAAUACUAUGGUCCAUGGCUGUGUGGGUUCCUCUGCCAAAAAUUUCCCAUUUUUCUCAGGCUCACAGGCCAGCGGAUUGGGAACUUGGUAUGGCGCAGCUACGAUGUCGUUUUAUCUUUCUCCUGCAUAUCUUCUUCUCUCGCUCUUCUUUCCGUUCAACAACACCUGACCAGAACUUCUCCCGUUCCUUCCCCUUCACAGCGCAGGCCGGUUGCUGUGCGGGGUUUCGUGAUACAUUAUCGGUAGGGCUUGUUGUGGGAAUACUUCUAUGGAGCAUCCAAGAUCAACAUCUGGCGUCGGGGAGGAUAAUAUUGGGAUUCCUGAUGAUUUGCGGUGCAAGCGAUCAGAUGGAAAACAAUGGAGAUGCACUGCCAUGUCCAUGCCUGAUAAGACAGUGUGUGAAAAACACUACAUACAGGCUAAGAAGAGGGCUGCAACUUCUGCAAUGAGAGCCAGUAUGAAAAAAGCUAAGAAAAAACAUUCUGUUGAAAAUGACACAUUCUUGGAGAGUAAAAGUGAUGACAUGGAUCUACCACUUAAUAACCAGAAUACAGGGGAUUUUUCUGGUUCGGUCUCUGGGAAGAAGCAUAAAAAAAAGGUAUCUAAAAAUCAAAGUGGUUAUUUUCCUGAAACAAAUUCAAAUCGGGCAUAUUCCAGUACUGUGAAAACAAAUGAUGAUCUAGAAAGAGAUGCUUCACCAUGCGAAGAGAGUUUAAGGUCUUAUAGGGAACCACUCCCGCAUUGCCAGGAAUCCUCCAAAAACAGAUCCCAGAAGACUUUUGAUUCUGGCCAUAUGACGGAAGAUUCUGAAGGAAGCUCUGAUGCUUCUGAUAACACCGGUGGGCAACCUUGUCAUCAAUGUCGGCAGAAUAAUCACAGGGUUAUUUGGUGCCUUAAAUGUGAUCGAAGGGGAUAUUGUGAAAGAUGCAUCUCAACUUGGUAUUCAGACAUACCAGCAGAAGAUAUUCAGAAGAUUUGUCCUGUUUGUCGUGGCAAUUGUAAUUGCAAAGUGUGCUUACGAGGAGAUAUUCUGAUAAAGGCUAGGGUUAGGGAUAUUCCUGCCCAAAAGAAGCUGCAGUACCUUUUUUCCCUCUUAUAUGCGGUACUUCCUGUUGUAAAGCACAUACAUCAUGAGCAAUGUUCUGAGGUGGAGUUAGAAAAAAGGCUCAGAGGAAAUGGGAUAGAUCUUGCAAGAAUGAAGUUAAAUUCUGAUGAGCAGAUGUGCUGUAACUUCUGCAGAAUACCAAUUAUUGAUUAUCAUCGGCACUGCUCAAAUUGCUCAUAUGAUCUGUGCCUUAGUUGCUGCAAAGAUAUUAGAGAAGCUGCCAAUUGUUCCUCUAAGGAAGAUAUCAUAAACCAGAUUUCUAGCCAGACCAAUGGUGGGGAAAUGAUGUCAGAGGCGUUCAAACUAUCCAAUGUCCAAUUAGAAUCCUUUAAAAGGAUAGCUGAUUGGAAAGCCAAUAGUAAUGGCUCUAUACCGUGUCCCCCCAAAAAGUAUGGGGGCUGCGGUUCCUUGACUUUAGUUCUAAGACGCAUCUUCAAGAUGAACUGGGUUGCAAAACUGGUAAAAAAUGUUGAAGAAAUGGUCGGCGGCUGUGUGCUACGUGAGUCAGGCAAUGUAGACAGAUUUGGCUCUGAGCUUAAUCUAUGCAAGGCUGCACAUAGAGAGAACGCUGAUGAUAAUUAUUUGUACUGUCCAUACUCGGAAGAUGUAAAAAAUGAAGGGAUUGAGAAUUUCAGGAAGGAGUGGAGCAAAGGCAAGCCCAUUAUUGUAAAAGAAGUUUUGAGUAUCUCAUCAACCUCAAUAUGGGAUCCCAUGUUUAUAUGGAGGGGAGUGCGGGAGACAACCGACGAUAUAACAAAAGAUGAGGACAUAAUUGUGAAGGCUAUUGACUGUUUGAAUUGGACUGAGAUUGAUCUUCGUCUUAGUGAGUUCAUCAGGGGAUACUCAGAGGGCAGGAUUUGUGAAAAUGGGUUGCCUCAAAUGUUAAAAUUGAAGGAUUGGCCCUCUCCUAGUGCUUCAGAAGAACUUCUAUUGUACCAGAGACCUGGAUUCCUUAGUAAAGUUCCCUUGCUGGAAUUCAUUCACUCUAAGUGGGGUCUUCUAAAUGUUGCUGCCAAGCUACCUCAUUAUUCACUUCAGAAUGAUGUUGGUCCUAAGAUCUUGAUCUCUUAUGGAUUGUAUGAAGAGCUCAGCAAAGGUGAUGCGGUGCACAACCUUCAUAUAAAUAUGCGUGAUAUGGUGUUUUUAUUAAUACAUACAAGAGAGGUCAAACUGAAAGGUUGGCAGCGGGCUAAAUCAGAGAAGAUACAAAAGACUUAUGCUGACUAUGAAGCCAAAGAAGCAAAUUAUGAUACAAAAAACAAUCUGUACGGAGAUUUGCACACUUUAUCACAUGUUGAGCUGGAUAUGAAGGAAGAGAAUGGUGCUAAUAUGAAUACUCCUCAAGUGUUGGUGGAUCAGGGUGCCAGAAUUUCUAGCUCCAAUUCAGAUAAUAUUGGCGGUGAAGACUUGAACUGCAAUUAUGCAAACAAUUUUGAGGGUACACAAUCUGGAGCUACUUGGGAUGUCUUUCGACGGCAGGAUAUACCAAAGCUUGUUGAGUAUUUAAGAUGUCAUAAAAAUGAAUCUGGAGAGCCUGAGAAUGUUCCUAGUCCUCUUUAUGAUGGGACGAUAUAUCUGAACACACAUCAUAAAGAAAAGCUUAAAGCCAACUUUGGAAUAGAACCUUGGUCGUUUGAGCAGCAUCUGGGGGAUGCUAUAUUCAUUCCUGCAGGCUGUCCUUUCCAGGCGAGGAAUCUUCAGUCGACAGUUCAGUUGGGCCUUGAUUUCCUCUCUCCGGAAAGCUUAGGGGAAGCCGUGAGAAUGACAAAAGAAAUUCGCGGUCUUCAUAAUGCUCAUGAAACCAAGCUUCAAAUGUUGGAGGUGGAAAAGAUAUCACUCUAUGCAGCAAGUUCUGCCAUUAAAGAAGUUCAGAAACUGGUUCUGGAUCCAAAAAUUGGCCCGGAGCUUGGAUACGAGGAUCCUAGUUUAACUGCAAGUGUAUUGAAGAACUUGGAGAUGAUGAGGAAAGAGCAGGUUGCAUGCGCUUGAAGGGUACAUAUUUAUACAUUACAUAGUAUAACUAAAUGUGGUUUUCUAUAUGGAGGAUUGCCCCUUUUUUCUGCAUUACCAGCCUGCGGUGUACAGCUCAUCCUUGGACUUGUUCUUUUUGUUAAUUUUUUGCCUUUUACCAAUUUACAACUCAGAAGUUAUAGUUACCAUAGAUAACUAUGAAUGAAUAGCAGUAGAGCUGGAUGUAAAGAAGACGGUCGGUGAUUAUCCAUAUGGGUUUCUCAGUAAAAAAAGAUGGAGUUUAUUGCACUAAUACCCCCGGUGCAGAUCUUGGUUUUGAAUACCAGGACCUUGUAUAUUGAGAGUCUUUUGAUAACAUGAUGCCUUCCAAGAUUGCAUAUGUUGCAGCCUCUGCCUUCCUCUUCUUAGGGUUAUGAGGGGUCUUGGAAAGUGUUGGGAUUCAGAAAAGGUUCCUCUUUGGAUUUUACAUAAAGUUUAAGAAAAAUAAAAUUGUGUGGUGGAAAGUAAUGUCAAAGACAGAUUGUGAGCCACAAUUUUUUUCAUAACUGGAAAGAAGAGUAUUUUAGAGACGUCCCGAAAAGAAAAUGAAGAAUCUUUGUUUGGGACAGAGGGUGUAUU